GAAACUUUCCUAUCGACCACUGGUGAAAACAUCUUCGAAAUCGUCUGGUUGCUUUGCGCAAAGACAUCUUCUAUUGCAAUUAUGACGUUUUCAGAUUUCUGGAUUGCGGCCGGGUCGCUGAUCGUUAGUACUCGUUGUACCGUGAGUCAAUAUGAAGAAUUCUUCGAUACAACGAGUCUCUCCCACCCCCUCGCAAACGAUACAAUACUCGAGUUUCUAUCCUCCAGCCUCGGCCCGGUAUCAGAGCUUCCUACUGCCAUUUUCGUCUGCAUAUCAAUUGGCUUGAUAGCAUGGAUUUACGAUAUUGGAAAACAUGAGAAAUUGCACGCUCCUAUGGUCAUUCUCGCCUUUGGCUUAUCAGUUUUUUUCUGGAUCGAGUUUGUUUCUCCGGUGGAAAUCUAUCUUUUCGUCAUUUUUCCCUGGAUGUUAUUGGUGGGGCUAUUGAUUAGCAGAAUACAUAGUUUAGUAUGGAGUAUAGAGGGUCUAUCGGCAUCAGAGGGGAAAAGAGUUAAUGAUUGUAUGCUUGGUUAUAAUGAAGGCUUGCGGUUCUGUGGGGAAUUAUGGGUGUAGCAUGGUGGCGGAUUCAUGCCAUCAUGCUGGGGCAAUCAUUGGAACUGGUGGGGUUGUUUCUCAUUUAUUACGUCUAGUUCUUAAAUGGAGACUCUGGUGGUAGUGGGAACUUUGGUCCAUUUGUAUUUCUUAAGAAGAAAGAAGAAAGGAGCUAUCACAUUUCAUUUGUUUUUAUAUAGGGGGAAACUCCAGUCCAAUGGGACAAACUAUUCAGAAACAGAAGGAUACUUUUCCAUGUUCCUUUUCUUUUUUCUUCAUCUUAUGUAUCCCUUUAUUUAUAUCAUUGAGGUUGGAUUUUCUGGUGCGUUAUUUUUCUUGUUCUUGGUUGAAAUCAUGUAACUAUCAGGACAAAAGCCUAGGCUCUCGUUACUACCUUAAAGAAGUUUAUUAUGUAGGCGGGAGAGUGGAUGGUGCGAAAUACUCUAGCACAACACGGAUGAAAGUAUUGAGAUGUGAAUUAUGCGGUUCGUCACAGAUUCACCUUCUAGAAAUGAUUUCUAACAGUCGAGCAAUUAUAUUGGAUCCGCCUUGAGA